CUUGUCCUGUAUGAGCACACGCCCAGUUAUUUAAUGAAAAAAAAAAACCCCCAAAAAAAACACAUUUGGACAGACUUUGGGAUUCACGAAAGAGGCAUUUUAGGGCGUUGUGCAUAGUCUCAAGCAGAUAAAGGAAACUUCAGCUUCCAGAAACAACAACAUGGAAUCAGCUAUCAAGACAGUGGUUGGACAGUUCGUGAGUUCAGCACGUGGGAAAGAAAGUCUCAACAAGGACAAUUUCCAAAAGCUGAUCCAGCGUCAACUGGGGAACAUUAUGUGUGACACAGACAGCUCAUCGGCAGUGAAGGAUAUGAUGCGAGGCCUGGAUGAGAACCAGGAUGGGAAGGUCGGCUUCCAGGAGUAUCUGACCCUGAUCGGCUACUUGGCCAAUUCAAUGAGCGAAAGUAAAAUUAAAACUCAGACCAACACCAACUAAGACGCUCAGCAGCUGGCCAACUUCACCAUUUUUGUACUCCAAUAUUGCUAUAAUCCUAGCAAAGCAAGCCCACUGUGUGUUCCAUCAAUUUAUUUUCUAUGCUUUUUUUUUUACAUAGCUGCCUAAGUCAGUACUGACAUUAAUUACUAACAACAUGGUCCUGUGUUAUCCAGUGUUAAUUUACUACUACAUGUUCUCAGUCAUCACUUCCAGUCCUAUGAGAAAUUCAGCAUAAUUGUACUGAGCACUGAUGCCUCAAUAACCGUAAAUAUUGUUUUGUACUUUGGAGAUAUUGCAUGGAAAUAAAAAGGUCCAACAUCUA